AACUUUGUUUCUCUCUCUUUCAUGCUUGUCAAAUAAUGCAAAUGGCAGAUUCUCAAUCAUUCCCUCCACUCUAUAGGAAACAGACAUAAUUGCUCGCAACAAACAAAUUUUUUUACCAUUUUAGAAACCUGAGCUCUCCAUAUAUUCACUUGCUGCAUACAUGUACAAACAAGAGAAAGCCAUUCACUCCCUUUAUUCUCCACCUCCUUCUUCUGCAUCUUUCACAAUUUAAAUAUACAAUUAUACAGAUAUAUAAUAUAGACACACGCUGGCAUUGAUUAAGCAGUAGCAUUGGUUGGAACUUCGAAGACCGACGCAGCGGUUUUUCGAGCUUUUGCUUAGAAUUCAGUUAUAUAUAUAUAAAUCAAUCUCCAUCACCUUUUCCUACUAAGAUAUUCAAUCUUUUUUCCUAUCUCCCAUGAUGAGUCAUUCUUCCUCUAGUACUAGUGUCAGUGGUUUCUACAACUUCCUCACAAGAGAACUAAAUAAUCUUGACGGCCUGUUUCUUUCUCACAACUUCAUGUCAAUCAAGUUUCUUCAACAUGUUCUAUCAUCACUCAGAUCAUUCCACUCCCAAUUAACGGCUUUGGUUCAUAAGUUACACUUGCCUGUCGGAGAGAAAUGGCUGGAUGAGUAUAUGGACGAAAGCUCAAGGCUUUGGGAAGCUUGUCAUGUGCUGAAAUCGGGAGUAUCCAGUAUGGAAACUUACUACUCCACUGGUGCCAAUAUAGCCUCUUUGCUUGAUGAUCAUCUAGCUAUAGACACACAACUUUCCCGCCAGGUUAUUCGAUCAAUCAAUGGCUGCCAGAGGGAAAUUAUAGCCCUGCAAGAGGACAAUAAGAGCAUGGCAGAAACUAGAAUGCAAACUCUAUGUCUGGGAUUUGAUGAGAACAAUGUCUUGGCAGAGUCAGAGUUCAAUAAGUACAAUGGUUUUCGAGGAGUUCUCUACACAAUGAGAAAGGCAAGCACAUUACUUCUUUCUAUCCUACUCAGUGGUCUUGUAUACUAUUGGCCAGAAGUAAGCUUUUCCCAAGGAAGCUUUGAAGGAAACUCGGGAUUCAGUCCAGCCUUUGUCAUUUCUGCUUCUACAUUGAAUCAGAGAGUGAUGGACGCGAUAAAUUGUAUGGAAGGGCAGCAGGGAAUCCUUCUUUAUGAAUUACACCAGGCAAAACAGGCCAUGGAUGAUCUGAAAGUGGACAUUGAGAGCAUCCCUGAGUACGAAUCAGAAGUCGAUAUUCAAGAUAAGGUCGAAAACUUGAAGAGUUGCUUUGGAGCUUUGAAAUUUGGGGCAGAAAGCAUCAUUGGGCAACUUGAUGACUUCUUUGAUGAAAUAGUUGAAGGAAGGAAGCAGCUUUUGGACAUAUGCUCUCACAGGUAAAGAAAGGGCCCCAAAGGAUGCUUGAGACAAUGGGCAGUCAAGUGUAAGAAAUAGUUGAUGAGGAUAGUUUUAAGCCUCAAGUUGUGGUAAUAUAUGUUGUUUCACUUUCUGCUUUUUCCCCUUAUGAAUGUAAUUUAAUUUGUGUUCAACUAUCUCAUAUGAAAGUUUAAGCUGUUACACAAUAGACACGUCUU